GUGGCCGCCUCGUGGCCGCCUCGUUCGCUGGGCGGGGCUGGCGUGGUUCCGCCACGUUGCUGCCCGUUGUCGCCUCAUGGCCGCCGCGUGUGCUUCCGUAGCCAUUUGGCUCAAGUCGCGUGGGUGCGAACAUUGUGCUCGCCCCGAUCGGUUGGGGUCUUUGCAGUACUCGGAUUACUCAAUCGUUCUCUUUGCGGCCAGGCAGCACGAACGAGCUCGCGCCAUCAUGCCGUCCGUCGGAGAUACUAUCACGAAGUUCGUUGGCGCAGCGGUGGUCGUAUUCCAGGCCCGCGCACGUAUGACUCAAGACCUUGUUAUUCAAAAGGCGAGCGCUCGGAAUGGCACCACUUGUAAUCUCACGUACGCAAGCCACAGCGGCUUUGGAAAUCAAGUCGUCGGGGCCUGUCGUGCUGCGUUUAUUGCAAGGUCCCUGGGUUGCAGGCUGUUUUUGCCACCAGUUCUGGAACAUGAUGAUUCACUUGGGUGUGGAGCGAACAGUACACGUUGUGAAAAUCCAAAACAUAUGGAAAGACUGUUUAAUGAAUCUAAUAAUCUGUAUCGUAAGAGGUCACUGCAGUUUGAUGACAUUUUUCGGUUGGCUAAUUCAUCCUGGCCUGUGGCGCGUGUGCCGCAGCCGUUCGAUUGGAGGAAGUUUGAACGCGUCGCCUUGAAUCGUUCGUUAAUGGAGUCUGUAUCAGAUGAUACGAGUGGUUCUGGUAGCUCUGACGAUUGGACGGAGGUCUUGUUUCAGACGAGCCCCGUCGGCAACCUCCUGAUUGGCAGUGCUUUUGGAAUGCGUGGGCCGGAGGUACCUACCACGCAACUUUUUUCGGAUUUCAACGCUCCGAUUCAUGCAGCUGCUGGUCCCUUGCUUUCUGAUCUGGGGCCGCGUUAUGCGUGCGUGCAUCUUCGUCAACAUGAUGAUUCCCUGGAGACAGGAGCGACGGUCGUGGACAAUAGCCUCGUGCGGUGGGUGAACCACUACAUUAACGAGACCACCGUGGCCCCGGCCUUGGGUCCAGAGAACUCAACCAAUCUCUUCAUGAUGAGUGGAAUGCCGCAGACUCUUGUGAAGAAGAUCAUGAGGACCGUCUGUGACAACAAACGUGGACUGUUUGCAGAGUGCCUUCGCCUCUCCGACAUGAGGGAAGUGGAUCUGGGAUUCCCCAAGGACCAGCAAUCUUAUAAUGCGUUGAUUCUUGAGUUGUAUGUGUGCUCCCAUGCCACUGUGAUCUAUUUGCCCAGCUACGGACCAGAGUCUUUUGGGAAGACGUGUCCAGGAUGUUCAGGACUUAUCGUAUCUGGCGGCGAUGUCCACAGAGUGAACAUGUCGAGCGUCCCGUCCUCUCUCAGUCGGCUGGUUUAUGAGGUGCACAUGAUGGUCAAGAGUGUCAGCCAGGCACGGUCUAUGUUGUACCUGCAGUCGCAGUCUGUUGGCUCUCCCUUGCUCGGGCCCUUGACAGGCAUCACCGUUGCGAUUGGAUUGACCUUGGCGUCCGUACGUCUGUGCCUGGCUCGAUCGGUCCAGAGGCAUCCCUUUGCGCUGCAGACCGUCGCAGCGGUAGAAUAACGGGGUAGAAAUCAAUCACCAGCCACGCUGGAGUGCAGACGCCAUCGGUGCCCGGGGCGCGCCCGGGGGGCGGGCUUUUUUGGCGACAGGCACGACGUUGGCUCGUGCGGUAUAUUGUGCCAACGCAUGUUGCCAGCCUCGCUGGUGGGCCGUCCGCGCAGCCCUCACUGUUUCUCGAGGCCGCCCCUCGGAGGAUCCGCCACUCCAGCCCGCAUGCCGACCUGGUCCCUCCACCCUCUUUCUUUUCCAUCCAGCUAGCUUUUACCGGUGGCUGGCGCCGUUGCGGCGUCGGCGCCGCGAGCCACACGUUCCGCCCUCUGCGAUCGCCUCACAAAGACCCGGGUAUGCACGGCUGCCUCGCUGGCUGCGGAAGGCGCCAUCGGUGCUCCAAUUGACCGGCCGUGUAAUUAGGUUUCAUCCGCACCUUCGAUUCGAGAGCCAUCGCGGAUGUUUUUUCCGUGUUGCGCUCACGCUGCCUAACCUGUACCAGGCUCAGUUCGUGAUGAAGUUGAGAAAACAUGGCCGCCUUGUGUGCUUGGCGGGUUUGGCGAGGCGUUGCCAUGUUGCCGCCCGUGGCCGUUGCUCGAGGCCCCGUC